UUAAACACUUCCAAUGAAUGAAUUGAAUAGGUGUUGAAAUAUAUAAAUAUUUUUAAGCAUACUUUGUUCUUCAUUUGAAUAUGAAGUUCAUUAACUUCCUACCAAGGUGUGUUUCGGAACACAAACACAAUGAUCCACGUCGAACGCAAUUUUAUGCCAUGAUUUUGAUUGCUUGUGGAUUUGUUCUUCAUUCAUAAAGGUAUUAUUUGCGUCCAAUUGAAUGUUCGAAUAACCCUUCAAAUUAUAAUCGAUAUAUGUAUCAUUUAUGCUUGACUAUUCCAGACAAGGUUCUUUGGGGCAAAAAUCAAAAUCGUAAAGAGCGGUUAUGGUUUAGAAAAUAUUUCAAGCGAAACAACGAACGCCCUCUAUUUUGAUAUUCGGCGGAAAAUGCGAAGAAAACUCGAUUUGGACAGGAAAUUAACAGUUACAUUCGAACCUGACUUUGCGCUUGUCGGCCAUACAAAAACAGCAGAUUCUGAGUAGCUAAACGAAUUUGUGCAAAAUUCAAGAUGGUUGCAACAAAGUCAAAAUUUCUACUUGUGAUAUCGUUGUUAAUCGCAUUUGUACCAAUUAUAUCGUCUCAAGCAAUUGCUGUGUUUAUCAUACCAACCUGUGACAACGGUACAGCUGUGGACAAUACAACUGCAUGUGAUCAUUUUGCGACUCGUACCUAUUUGAAUUCUACUCAUGAAUGUUGUGAAUGCGAAGCUGACUUUACUGGAGAUGGAAUCAGUUGUCAACUGGCUACAAAACUUGAUUGUAGCAUGGCAUCUCUUAACGAUGGAUACGCUUUCCGUGUGUUUUUGAAUCAGUCAUAUAUAGACUAUAAUAACAUAUCAACAAGUAGUCUUCGACUAAUGAAUGCUUCAUGUAACAACGUCACGCUGGAUGCGGGUUAUUACGUGCUGUGGUCACCUGCGUACGACGAUUGCGGAAGCAUAAGAACAAACACUUCAUCAAAUUUAAUCUACUCAAAUGCUGUUACAAGUGAUGGCGGAACAAUAGCAACAGGAUUAGUUAUAAAAAUUGAUUUUCAAUGUGUGGUCAGUGCCUCUCUUGCACUCGGACUUUCGAAUGCCGAUGGCAUUCUAACUGUUCAGGAUGUAACAUCAGAUUCAAUCGUUUUUCCAAUUCAAGAAGGUAAUGGACAUGUUACUGCAGCCAUGUAUUUGUUUAAAGAUUCAGACUACAAUGAAGCUUACAAUGGUGUCCCCGUUCUCAGCACUUCUGAUAUGCUUUAUGUCAUGAUUGCACUUGACGGCAAUGCUCUUUCAAAUCUUUAUAUGAUAUCUCGUGAGUGUUGGGCUACUCCGGACGCAGCUGGUGUAUCUUCAGAGAGAUUUGAUAUCAUAGAACAGCCAGGGUGCUUGAAAAGUGGAGUUAUCGGAGCAGCGGUGACAAGCAACGGUGUCUCUAGUAAUGUGAAAUUUCAACUUUCUGUUUUUGCAUUUUUACCUUCGAAUGUCGUUUAUCUUCAUUGUGCUGUUCAGCUCUGUACAGGGAGUGAUUGCGCACCGACCUGUUCAAGCCGGAAGAAGAGAGAGACUAAUUUACAAGUUCAAAUAUUGAGAAGUUCUCUCAUUAUCAGAUCAAAUGAAAAAAUUCGAGAGCCACCCAAUAUUGGCGACGGAUCCACGAAUAACAACGACUUGGUGUCAAGUAACAACGUCAUGAUCAUCAUAAUUUUGCUUGUUUUGACUGGAGUUUUAUUAAUAGCCAUCAUUGCUUUGCUGAUUUACGUUUGUGUUACAAGAAGACGGAAGUCAACCUAAGGCUUCUCUAACAUAAAAUAAUAACAUCUUUUACUUCACUAUGUAUGAGAUAUCAACUCUGUACGAGCGUGGAAUUAAUACCAUAUUCAUUAGUAGUAAUAACGCUCGCAUAUAAAAAUGACAAGACAAUUCCUAAAGUAUAUUACCUUAGUUUUCGUUUGCAAUUAGCUCAAAUUUCAUUUAUAUUCUGCUCACAAUCGAAUGCUGAACGAAGCCGUAUUCUACCGGCUAAUGUGUUUUACAUUCUUCUAAUAUUCAAUUUCUGUAUACAAAGUUGUAUCUCGAGGGUCUACCCAAGAUGUAAUACUAAUUUUCUGUGGUAACUAAUCUCUAUUGUGACCUACUUUGAAUACUCCUUUCUUUCGAGUUUUAUAGUCUUCAAAAUCAAUACAAUGUUAAUUCGAUAUAUAACUUUUCACAUCUUCUUGGGUAAGCCUUCGAUGUCAAAUAGCUAAGCUGUACCUACUUUUGUUCAACUCUCAAUGAAUAAAUCGACUCAUCAUAUUAUACAUGGCCAUGAAUUUCCAACGAUCGACAGGGCGCGCAUUUUGAAGUUGACUCAACGUUGAUAUGAUUCUGCAGAAAAGCUG